UGUACACACACGGGUUGACAUCGGUGGAACAGGGGAGAUACAGUACAGAACUAUUGUGCUUCAGAGGCGUUGGUUCGGAUACAUGGUCUGAAAAAUCAUCUUAAACUUCUCCGUGGAUUUACAUUUAUAAGAAGAAAGAACUCAUAGACAUCUGGGAUGACAUGAAGAUACAUUUCCUCAGUUUAUGGACUAUUAAGUGGAUGAAUCUACAACCAAUGGGCUGUGAAAUCUACGAUUCUCUGUUUCUCUGCCCAUGUUUCAGUGUAGCAGAUAUUUUUGUUUGCUUGAUCCCUACUUAGUCAGACAUUCUUUGCUUCUCAUACAGAUGUAGAUAUAGACAAUUAUUCAGCUUUAUUAUGAGUAAUGACAACUUCCAAACACCUUUGAGCAGUGGCACUAGAACAGUGAAGGAAAUAACACAUGAAGAUGAAGGGGCAAGCCAAAGGAAUUCAUCUGCCGGAAUGAGUGACAGUUCACUAGACAAUGACAGCCGUCUUGUCCGUCCCGGGCUGGACAUCUCCACAGGGCCUCAGCCAUCACACUCAGAUGACACAGAUGCCAACUCCAGUGGGAAUGACUCAUCUGAGAGGGAGAGUGAAGGGCACAUGGGAAGGGAAGCUUCCACCUUCAGCUCUUGCAAUAGAAAGGGUUCAACCACAGAGACUACAGAAAGCAAGAGCUCAAAUGGAAACAGUCCCUCUCCACCUAGCAGCUUGGUGUCAUAUAGUCUUUUGAGUGGCAGCUCGGAGCAGGACCACCCAAACUCCCAACAACCCAACGGAUGCAGCAGUGACCGGCUGGCCCGGUUACAGACUCAGCGAGAGAUGCAGAAGGCCCUGCGUGAGCUUAAGAUUCGCAUGCCGGCAUGGCGGUGCAGAAAGGGACGAUCUAGCACUCUAGCUUCUCUGCAGUAUGCACUUAGCUGUGUCAAACAAGUCCAGGCUAAUCAAGAGUACUACCAUCAGUGGAGUAUUGAAGAGAGCCACGGGUGUUGUUUGGACCUGUCGUCAUAUACUAUCGAAGAGCUCGACAACAUUACAUCAGAGAACACCCUUCAAAACACAGACACGUUCUCUGUGGCAGUUUCAUUCCUCUCUGGUAAAGUGGUAUACAUUUCAUCCCAGGUGGGCUCUCUGCUGUGCUGCAAACCUGAGAGUCUGCAGGGGGCGCUGUUUUCUGAGCUGCUUGCGCCACAGGACGUCAGCACCUUUUACAGCAGCGCCGCUCCCUGCCGUCUGCCGCCAUGGGCCUCCUGUACUGGAACCACCUCACAGGUGGACUGUGCCAAGGAGAAGUCAAUGUUUUGCCGGAUUAGCAGAGGUAAAGACAGUGACGGAGAGGUGAAGUAUCACCCCUUCAGACUUACACCAUAUCAGCUGACCCUGAGAGACUCCGACACGUCCCAGCCUGAGCCCUGCUGCCUCCUCAUCGCAGAGAGAGUUCAUUCCGGUUAUGAGGCACCCCGUAUCCCAGCAGACAAGAGAAUCUUCACCACCAGUCACACCCCCAACUGUCUCUUCCAGGAGGUUGAUGAGAGAGCUGUGCCUUUAUUGGGUUACCUGCCACAGGACUUGGUCGGGAAACCAGUGCUGAUUUACCUGCAUCCACAGGACCGACUCCUCAUGGUGGCCAUACAUAAGAAAAUUCUCCAGUUUGCAGGGCAGCCAUUUGAGCACUCUCCCCUCCGCAUGCGUGCACGGAGCGGGGAAUACCUGACCCUUGACACCAGCUGGUCUUCCUUCAUCAACCCCUGGAGCAGGAAGGUGGCUUUUAUAGUGGGACGCCACAAGGUUCGAACGAGUCCCCUAAACGAGGAUGUGUUCACUGCCCCAGAGGGUGGGGAGGUGAGGACCAUGUCCCCAGAGGUGUUGCAGCUGAACGAACUGAUCCACAGAUUCCUGGUGCAGCCCAUUCACAGCAGCAGUUCUCAGGGUUACAGCAGUCUGGGCAGCAGCGGCUCCCACGAGCAUAAGCGAAGCGCUGCCUCCUCCUCUGAGAGUAACGGACAUGCUUCAGAGGACCAGAUCAAACCCAGGAAACCAAUGACGUUUGAGCAGAUUUGUCAAGAUGUGCACAUGGUGAAGGCCAGCGGACAACAGGUCUUCAUCGACUCCCAAAACCGGCCUCCACCCACACCUCUCAAACAGGGCAGCUUAGAAGCAUUGGUAAUGGCGGCAGACACAGCAGAGGCCUCUGCAACAGUAAGACUGGCAGGUUUAGCUCUGUCCAGUCCACCCAGGAAAGAGCUGCCCAACAUUUAUUCAUACCAGCAGAUCAACUGUCUAGACAGCAUCAUACGAUAUCUGGAGAGCUUUAAUGUCCCUGGCACAUUGAAAAGGAAGUGUGGCUCAUCAUCCUGCACAACCUCUUCCACCUCUGAUGAUGACAAACAAAGGGAAGCAGCCGGAGCAACCGAAGGCAUAGCAGAGACUCUUGUUGUGACCGAGGGGUCAAAGGUCAUCCCUGCAGCACCAGCACACCCCCUGACCCCUCUCGCUCUGCAUUGUAAGGCCGAGAGUGUCGUCUCAGCCACUUCCCAGUGCAGUUUCAGUAGCACCAUUGUGCACGUUGGGGACAAAAAGCCACCUGAAUCAGACAUUGUUAUGAUGGAGGAUCCACCAACCAUCCCAACACCAUCCACCCCAGCUCCACCCACCUCCAUCACCUCUCCCAUGCCUAUGAACUCCCAGCUGACCUCGUCCUCCACCACUGCUGCCCCUGAGAUAGACAAGGAGAAAGAGAGAAGAGGAGGAGGAGGAAGCACGGGGAAGGGCCUCACAAAGGCAAUGUUGUCAGCACACACCCAGCAAGAGGAGCAGGCCUUCCUCAACCGUUUCCGAGAUGUCAGCCAGCUGCGGAUGGUCCAACGCAAUGGGCCACAACAGCACAAACACAAGUCUACACAUGGUACAAAAGGAGUAAACAGCUCACAGAACUAUCCUUCUGGUGGCGGCAGCGGUCAUCGGCAUGGCAGAGGUGGGAAAAGACAAAAACUCCAAGUAGACGGCAACAUUCCUAAGACUCCCUCCAUCUCUGGUUCUGGCCCCUAUACUGCCCCUAGACCUGCAUCACUGAGACCCAACUUCCCCUCUGUCCAGCACUCUUCCACCUCUUGGCCACCAUCGGUGGGAUCCCAGGCCAGCGGAGCUCCUGUUAUGACUUCCUUUCCUACGGGCUACAUGCCCACAUACCCAAUUUCGCCCCCUUUCUCAAUGCCCCUGAUGGGCACGGAGCCUUUCUUGCAAACAGGAGUCCCUAGGUUCUCCAUGCAGGGUUCUCAGAUGUUUCCUCCAGUGAUGCCACCUGUCAUGACCUUCAUGUUGCCUAAUUAUAUGUUUCCACAGCUCGGGAACCCAGGACCACAACUGAACCCGGCCAAUGUGCCGCUCAGUGGGCAACUGCCCCCCCCAAUGAACCACUUGGGCCCAUUCCCUUCAUCUAUUGCUGGUGUACCUUCUUUUAAUCCUGCACCGUUCAGUCCUCUGAGCUCCCAGAUCAAUCCUGCCAUGCCAGCAAUGAUUCCCCAACCGUUCUACAACCCAAAUCCACUGCCCUCUUUCACCAAGCCUUUAUCAAUGCCAGCAGGAAAUGCACCCCCUACACUGCAUGGACAGUCUCGCUCUAGCACACCUCAGUCUACAGGGCAGCAAGCUGGCGAGAGGGAAGGGGCCGGAUCUCCUCUCUUUCAGUCCCGAUGCUCCUCCCCGCUCAAUCUGCUACAGCUUGAGGAAUUGCCAAGCAACCGCACAGAUUUUACCAAACAGACUCCACCCCCAGGGGGAGGAGCAGUUCAAGGGGGUGGAGCUGGAGUGCAGAAUUCCAACAAUCGCAGCAACACUAAAGAUCCUAAACUAAAUGAAAACGCUGAAGUCAGUGGAUCCAACCAGGAUGCCAUGUCAACCUCCAGUGACAUGCUGGACCUACUGCUGCAGGAGGACUCUCGCUCGGGCACUGGCUCAGCCGCCUCAGGCUCUGGGUCAACAGGGUCGAGGUCUGGGUCAUCUGUCUCUGGGUCGAAUGGCUGUAGCACUUCAGGAAGUGGCACUAGAAGCAGUAAUACUAGUAAAUAUUUUGGAAGCAUUGACUCAUCAGAGAACUCUCAUAAGCCAGCGUCUGGAGAUAUGGGAGGGGAACAGUUCAUCAAGUUUGUCCCGCAGGAUCCCAUCUGGCUCCUCAUGGCCAACACUGAUGACAAGGUCAUGAUGACAUACCAAAUCCCCAUCAGAGACAGAGACUCAGUACUGAAGGAAGACAGAGACGCCCUGAAGGACAUUCUGAAGCAUCAGCCUCACUUUACUGAAGAGCAGAAGAAAGAGUUAUCUCAGGUCCACCCAUGGAUUCAAACCGGCUGCCUUCCCAAAGCCAUCAACAUUACAUCAUGUACAGGGUGCGAAUCUCCCACAGAUUCCUCGACUCUUCCUCCAUUCGAGCUGGACUUUCACAAGAUGGAUCUCGGCAUGGUUUUGAGAGAAGAGGUGGUUGCAGAAACAGCCUUUCCCUUUAGUCCCCCAGCAUUAGAUACCGAGCAGAAAGACACUCAGGCCUUUGCAGUGAUGUCAGUAGAGGUGAAGCAGGACUGAAAACUGCUGGACAGUGAUUGGUCGUCUCGCUCGCUGCCACUAAGCGAUUAUGGCGUAAAUCAAUCAGAAAGUGCACUCUAGUCAUAAGACUUGACAGCUGAUGAUUGUUUUUCAUGAAGACUUGCAUUAACAGUUACCAUUCACAAAAAGUGACAAACUGAUGAGACCAAUCUGGACCAAUUUCAAAGGGUGAAAGGUUUAUUCUGAUCUUCUAUCCUCUCACACAAUGUCAGUUCAGUUGUUCUGCGAUAUUAUGGAUAUCUCUGAUAUUCACAGAUUCAUAACCAAUGCUCUCAACAGUAAGAUGAAAAAAGGGAAAAAGACUUUAUUUAGUUUUCACAAUUUGAUGUUAACUGAUAUGUACGUUUUGCACAAGAUGUAUGCAAGCAUCCAUUAGUUUUAAUUAUAAGUGGAAAGAGGUUAAUUUAGGGAUUUUAUUUGCACUUUUCGCUUCUCGGUUCUCAUGAUUAUUCAUGAGCAUGUGUGGCCUUAUCCUAUAACACAUGCUGUCUCAUAAUUAUUCAUGACACUACAUGAACUUCCUAUUACAGGCACUUCUUUAAAGAGUGAGUUGCUUUUUUACGGGAGAGCUUCAACUUUACAAACACCAUCCAUCAUCACUGUAAGUUUGUAAACAGAUCAGCCCGCUGAUAUUUCCAAAUCGACGUUGCAGACCUCAAAAGUUAGCGCAAAAGCAAAUUCAUGUCUAUUUGAAUCAGAGCACUUAUGCAAACAGAGCUCUUUAUUUAUUUGUGUAUUAAAAUUACCAAUGUAUAUUUUUGGAUUGUAUUGUGAGCCUAUAAAACAACGUAUAAUAUA